AUGGCUCGAGCAUGUUACCGAACCUUCACAGCUGCGAUGUUGCUGCGAGUGGGCCUUGUGCCCUUGGUCCUUUGUGCUACUGCAAACCAGGAUUGUGGCUCGGAGGUUAGCCUCCUGCAGCGGCGAGAGUUGCCCGACUCCGGCUCUCUGUCCCAAGACGGGAAUGUGACCGAUCCAAAGGAGGUUUGGGACUCAAUCUGGAACAGAGUUCGGCAAGAAAGUGCAGCGUGCCCACCGGGCACUAUCUGCGGCAGCAGUUCCCACAGGGAACACGCGCCGACUUUCCCGGCGCCCUCGGCCAUUCCUGCCAUUGAUUACGCGGAUCCAAGGAAGACCCAAGCUGCGUGGCAGGCCCCCAUGCAGAAGACUUACGACCCCGGCAUCCGAUCGCCUGCUCUGGGCUGGAAUUCUUGGAACCAGUUCAACCUGGAUGUCAGCGAAGCCAAGGUUCUGUCCGUGGCGCAGGCCAUGAAGAGUGACGGUCUCCUGAGCAGUGGUUUCGAGUACAUCGUCAUCGAUGAUGGUUGGGCCAUGAAGGACCGGGACGCGGCAGGACGCAUGCAGGCAGAUCCGAUAAAGUUUCCACAGGGCAUAAAGUGGCUAGCAGACCACUUGCACGACCUUGGGUUCAAGUUCGGCAUCUACACAAGCGUUGGGUCUGUCACAUGUGGCGGUGGCCAGCCUGGGAUCAUGGACCACCACCAGAUCGAUGCAGAGACCUUCGCGGCCUGGGAUGUAGACUAUGUGAAAGUGGAUCGGUGCGGCUGGCCUACGGAGUUGUCCUGGGCGCCUGGCUUGGACCCUGACGACUUGCUAGAGUUGGCAAGAAUCACUGCUGGCGUCGACUACCCGGAAGACGGCAAGUACCCAGAAUCCUUCUAUAAAGUUUCUGGCCGGGUGGCAGCCUACCAGAACUUCAGCGCAACACUGAAUCACACAGGGCGUACAAUGUACCUGGAGAUUUGUGACUGGGGUGAAGAUGAUACACUGGAGUUCGCACCUGAAAUCGCAAACUCAUUCCGGAUGUUGUGGGACAACUUCCCUCAGUGGCACCGGGUGCAAGAGAUCUACGAGUACUUUGCUCAGGUCCCGGAUAUUCCAGCCUCGACGACGCCGGGUGCCUAUGCAUUUGCAGACAUGCUGGAGGGGGGAGUUGACGGGCAUCUCUACAACGUCCACUUCGCCCCCGAGACGAACUUGACGCGGAGGGAGGCCGCCACCGAGCACGCGAUGUGGUCCAUGUGGAGCUCUCCCUUGAUCCUGGGCUUCGACGUCUCCAACCCCAGCAAAGCCUGGGUGACGGACCUCAUGAGGAACCCGGCGCUCCUGAAGAUCAACCAGGAUGACCUUGGCAUCGCUGCCCGCCUUGCCAUCCGAAAGCAGAAAAACCACUGUUUCUACGACACCUGCUACCACACGGAUGUGUGGGUGAAGCCGCUUGCCGAAGGCGCUGUUGCAGUGGCCCUGGUGAACAUGGCCGGGUCCUACAGCCAGUACAACGAGAAAUACCAGACAGAAUCCAUCACAGUAACCUGGGAAACGCUGUGGCUCAGCCCGGAUACCCCUGUCGCAGUUUAUUCCGCAACAGAGCAGAAGGACUUGGGCAUCAUGAACGGACCACUUUCGAUGGAUGUGGAGCCGCAUGGAGUGAGUGUACUCGUGCUCACGCCGCAGACCACCGCGAGCGGCACGGAGCCGCCUCGAAACCACACCGGCGCCUGA